AUGAAGGAGACUAGAGAGUAUAGAAGAAAAGAAAGGCAGGAACUUCAAGGAAUCAAUGAAUUCAAGAAUCGACCUCGCACCAUCAGCCAUCUUCAUGAACUCUUACCAGGAUUAAAUGACAUCAGUGAUGCAUUUGAAGCAUUACCAUUAGACAUCGUUAAAUAUUUCACGUUAUUGAAAGAAAUCGAUGCUAAAUGUAUAAACACCGUGCCACAAAUCAACCACAGGAUCAAAACCUAUAUCGACAACUUACACGUCCCUAUUGAAGAACAAAAUAAGGUGAAAGCACUAGCAGAUAAACAAAAACGAGAAAAUUCACAAUUGAAUGUGAUUAAAAACAAGAUUAAUGAAAUUAUCCCUUGUCUUGAAGAGAAAAUGCAUGUCACUUCUGUAGCUACUGAUUUAUUGAAUAAACAUAUGCGUCGAAUAAAUCAAGAUUAUAAAUUAAUUAUACAAAAUAAUGAAAUCCCAGAGAAUAUACGUAUUGGUCCCUUGGUUCAUCCAGCAAUGAUUCUUGACUCGUCACAUCCAGCUAGAGAUCUAAACGUCAAUGGUGAAGGCGUGAGUGGCGGUGGUGGAUAUGGAAAUAAUGCAACUACGGCACAAUCACAGCGUAGUGAGAGUAGAAGAGAAGCGUUGGCUGCAAGAAAGGCCAAUAAGGAUGAUGAUAAGGAUAUUGGAAGUGGAACUAAUAAAAAGAAGCGAAGUAAGGAACAGACUCCACUAGAUGGAAAGACUAAUAGUGGAAACAAUAAUAAUAGUACUGGUGGUUACACUGAUGGGAAAAAGAGAAAGAAUGAAGAUCGAAAUUCAUCUUCUUCAUCGUUGAAAAAGAAGAAAAAAGGAACUGAUGACGACGAAGACGAUGAAAUAGAUGACAAAACUGAUGGUAAAAAAUCCACAUCCACAAAUAUUGACAAAUUAAAAACAUCAGGAAAUUCUUCAAGUGGCGGAUCGCAUGAACCAACGUAUUGUUAUUGUAAUCAAGUUUCAUUCGGUGAAAUGGUUGGUUGUGAUGGUGAUGAUUGUAAACGAGAAUGGUUUCAUUUACCUUGUAUUGGAUUUAAGAAUCCACCAAAGGGAAAAUGGUAUUGUGAUGAUUGUUUAAAGAAGAUGAAGGUGAAGAAGUUGUAA